AAACAUCUCGCCGCUACUACACACACAGUGGGAGACCGUCGAAAGCGUCGCCAGUUGGGUACGUUCAUAAUCACACAAUCGCUCCACGACUAGAAGCCUGAAGAAGCCCAGCAACUUCAGUCAAAGCAACGCGUUCAGACCUCGUAAACGUGCACACAUAAGCUCCGAACACACACACUACGUGCCUUACCGUGCUGUUCCUUUAGCCCUUCCCCUUUCAUUCAUUUCACCCAGAUCAAACACCAGGUGAUGAGUCCUCCAACGAACAUAAACCAGAGGUGUGACCUUCUGCCCAAAGAUGACCCCGUCAAAAUUGAAAUCCUGCCAAAACGGCUCAAAGAAGACACCAAAGACAUCUCCGACAGUUCUAGCGGGACUUCUUCGGACGUCGAGGCCGUCGUGGUGCCUCCAGACGGUGGCUGGGGCUGGGUAAUCGUCUUCGCCUCUUUCAUGAGCAACAUGAUAGUGGAUGGGAUCAUCUUCUCCUUCGGCAUGUUCCUUUCAGAGAUAGCUGCCAGCUUCAACACAAGCAGGUCUCAGGUCACCCUGGUGGGGUCCCUCAUGUCCGGGUUCUAUCUAAUUGUGGGCCCCUUCGCAAGUGCCUUAGCCAAUAGGUAUGGAUUCAGGCUGGUGGCCAUCAUAGGCAGUGUUUUGGGAUCUGUGGCUUUUGUGAUAUCGUAUUUUGCGACUAGUGUUACGUUUUUGUGCAUAUCCUAUGGAGUGUUGGGAGGAAUUGGUUUUGGCUUCAUAUACGUCCCAGCUGUGAUAACUGUAGGUUACUACUUUGAAAAAUGGAGGGCGCUGGCUACUGGCAUAGGCGUUUGUGGUUCAGGUAUAGGAACCUUUUUGUUCGCACCGCUGAGCGCCUAUUUCAUUGACAAAAUGGGCUGGAGGAAUGCUCUUCUAUGUCAAGGAGCCAUUGUUGCCAGCUGCCUAUUUUUUGGACUCUUAUACAGGCCCCUUAAACCUCUGAAACUCAAGGACAUAAGCAAACUAGAUGACACCGAAGAAGGCGAAGAAGAACUGAGCGCCGACAUCGAGAAAUUACCAACGUCCACCAGGAUCAAGAUGGAGGAGGUGCUGAAGGUCAUGAAAUCCAACGGGUGCGAAGGCAACAUCCACUCAAUCCCAAAACUUCUUGGGGUUAUCAACCAUUCCGACUAUCCCACAUUGGCCGACGUAUACCACACCAUUGGCGCCCCCCAGGUGCCCAAGAAACCCGUGGAGAUGAAGAACAUAAGCUUCGAAAAACGGUCCAGUGUACCACAUCUCUAUGACAACAUGAAGAUGCAGUUCGAGAGCAAGAAACCGCUGUUGAAGCCUAUGGGUGAGAGGCAUUUCAGAAGAAGGACGCGAUCUGAUGCUCAAAGGCCUAGCUACGAGAUAAACAGACCUCUGUACCGAGACGACAUCUUCUUCAGCGGCAGUUUGAAAAGGCUGCCAGAGUACACAUCCAAAAGCUCCUUAGCCUACAACUUGGCAGUUACCAGGAUGUCCACCAAGAAUGACAUUGACGAGGAGAAAAAACACAUAUGCAAGUUGUUCCCAGAGGCUGUCAAGAGGACUUUGGCCACCAUGUUGGAUUACACCCUUCUCAAGUCACCAUCCUUCUUACUCUUAGCUUUCGGAGGAUUCAUGACCAUGAUGGGAUUCUAUGUUCCUUUCAUGUAUCUGGCCGAUAGAGCUAAGGAGACGAUGGCCCCAGAGAUGACAGUGUGGUUGGUGUCUUCCAUUGGUAUCGCUAAUACUAUCGGCAGGGUGUUGUGUGGACUCUUGAGUUCCUUCCCGGGUGUAAACGCCUUGUUUGUGACCAACGUUGCCUUGACCAUCGGCGGUAUUGCCACGAUGUUCAGUGGGUUGUCCAUGAGCGAGGAGUAUCAGUUUACCUACAGCGUUGUGUUUGGAUUAUCCAUCGCUUGUUUCGCCUCACUAAGAUCGAUCAUCGUAGUGGACCUUUUAGGACUCGAAAAUCUCACGAAUGCCUUUGGUCUUCUCCUCCUCUUCCAAGGUGUGGCUGCCUGUAUAGGAUCCCCAUUAGCUGGAGCAUUCAUGGAAUGGAUGGGUAGCUACGACGAUGCCUUCUACUUAUCUGGGGCCCUUCUGGUGGCUUCAGCUGUUAUGUGUUAUCCCCUGAACUGGGUGAACAAAAUGGAGAAAAAAAGAAAAGGACAACAAAAUAAAAAUGUAGUUCCAGCGUAUCAACGAAGGAACUCAAGAAAAUCGAAACCCUGUCCAGAGAUCAAACCUCUACAGAUGUCUACGACGCCCUUAGAGGUCAGUCAAAGCGUGUACUCAAGAAAGAGCCAGCCCUUGCACCUCAAAAAUUCCAACCAAGACGACAUAGUGUACACCCUUGUGGUAAUACCACCAGAUGGCGGCUGGGGUUGGGUUGUACUCGCUGCCUCUUUCCUCAUCAACUUCAUCAUGGAUGGCACCAUAUACUCCAUUGGGAUAUUCCUGGAGGAGAUCGCCAAAUACAUGGGGACCUAUCCCACCAGGGUGGCUUAUGCAAGUUCUAUCCUGGUGGGGGUGAAUUUACUUACAGCUCCGAUAAUAUGUGGUCUAACCAAUAAAUACGGAUUCCGCAUAGUGACCUUUAUUGGUGGUAUAUUGGCAGCCAUGGUCCUUUUGGUCUCUUCGUUCCUGGACGACCUGAAUUCAUUUCUCCUGGUAUUUGGAGUGUUUGGAGGCCUAGCCUGUGCCCUCAUCUACGUCCCUUCAGUCGUAAUCGUUGGUUUUUACUUCGAAAGAUGGAGAGCCUUGGCUUCCGCUGUAAGCGUUUGUGGAUCCUCCUGCGGUAUAAUAUUCUUCCCCUUGAUCCUGAACAACCUCCUAGCUGGUUACCAAUGGACCAUCAAGUUCCGCAUCUUAGCCAUAUCGUUCUUGUUCGUCUCAAUCUUCAGCCUGACCUUCAGACCCUUACCACCAGUGUCAGUCCAACCCAACCCAGAACAAGAGGAUUCCAUGCUAUCAGUUUACCUUGGAGGAGACCACGGACCUAUCAUAUCUCAGAUGAUUAAUCUACCGACAACUGCAGAGGUCCAAGAAGGGAACCCUCAAACAUUUCAGAACAUCAAAAAGGAUUUCAGUUCAUCGUCCACGCUGGUUGCUGCGUCUGGUUAUCCUGGAGGGUCCAGCACUGUUGUCAGCAAGAUGUCCACGGUUUUAGAAGACGAAAUCAACCCUUCUCUUUGUGAAAGAUGCCUGGAGUUUUGGAAAAGGCUGUGCUGUUGUCACUUUUGGGGAAUACACGAUGCUGUAAGCACAAUCAGUAGGCCGAUGUAUAGAGACGACAUAUUUUUCACCGGUUCCAUCUACACCCUUGCAGAAUACCCCAAGAAGCCUUCGAUUAAAAUGACGGUAUCUUCGGUCAAAGGAACUGUUUCCAAGAAAUCUGCAGUCGACUAUCACCUGUCAGUAACCAGAGUAGCCACCAAACGAGACUUGGACGAAGAAGCCAAGACCUUCGUAUGCUGUCCAGAGGCCUUGAAAAGAAUUCUGGCUACAAUGUUGGACGUAACUCUGCUGAAAUCGCCCUCUUUUCUAUGCCUAUCGAUCAGUGGUUUUCUGGUAUCGCUAGGGAUGUAUGUGCCCUUCAUUUAUAUCGUGCAGAAGGCCAUAGAAAAUGGCAUAGAGCAGAAGGUCGCCGGUAUGAUGGUGACAGGUCUUGGUAUAGCCAACCUGUUUGGUCGAAUACUAAGUGGCAUUUUAGCUUCUAUUCCUCAAGUUAAUGCUUUGGUAGUCACUUACGUUGGGCUGUUCAUUGCUGGCAUCCCUUCAGUAGUAUUUGCUUUUGCUGAGAGCAACUGGAUGUUUUAUUUGUACAUAGCCCUUUAUGGUUCAUCGAUAGCCACCGUGCCAUCGAUGAAGACUAUGAUCUUAGUAGAUCUUCUCGGCUUGGACAAAUUGACGAACGCUUUUGGGAUAACCCUGAUGUUUCAAGGUGUCUCCAGCUUCAUAGGUCUGCCGUUGGCUGGCUACUUCAUUGAAUGCACCAAUUCCUACAGCGCCAGUUUCAUUUAUUGCGGCUGUACCAUAAUUUUGAGCGGGGUGAUGCUCAUCCCCAUUAGAUUCAUCAAAAGAUGGGAGAAAGAAAAAGGCAUGGUUUGAAAUAAACGAAUUCAAAAAUGA